ACCCACAUCCCCUGCUUUUGUGCAGAGAGAGAGGGAGAGAGAGUUCAGAUCUGAAAGACUUCUAGAAGCUUCGAUCCAUGGCUGAUUUCUUCGAGCAUUCCACUUUCCGUUUCCAGAGAUGAUAUGAAGAGGUUUGAGCGAUUUCUACUGCAAUCUAUCCUUAGAAUGCUUGAAUUUUCGAAAUCCGUUUGAAACGUGAGGAAUUUCAGAGCUUUAUCGCUAGAAUCGCCAUUCUUCUGGUUUAACGGUCAUGUAAAGCCACAAUUUUGUGCAAGAUCUUCAGUCCCAUUCUGUACAUUUCCCACAAGGACUCACGAUGAUUCAUACUAAGUCUGACUCUGACAUCACCAGUUUAGCCCCUUCGUCACCAAGGUCUCCAAAGCGGCCCGUUUACUAUGUGCAGAGCCCUUCACGGGACUCUCAUGAUGGCGACAAGUCCUCUUCGAUGCAGGCGACUCCUGUCUCCAACAGCCCAAUGGAGUCGCCUUCGCAUCCUUCUUAUGGGCGCCACUCAAGGGCCUCUUCUGCUAGCCGGUUCUCAGGAACGUUUCGGUCAUCGUCUGGACAGAAAGGGAACGGGAAGAGGAAUGAUAAGGGUUGGCCUGAGUGUGAUGUGAUUCAAGAGGAGGGAUCUUAUGAUGAUCUUGAGGGGCAGGGACUCUCUCGACGUUGCCAGGCCUUUAUUGCUCUUUUGGCUUUCGUUCUCCUCUUCACUGUCUUCUCUCUUAUUAUUUGGGGCGCCAGUCGACCAUAUAAACCAGAGAUCUCUGUGAAGACACUAGCUGUAUUUAACUUCAAUUUGGGGGAGGGAUCAGAUUACACUGGGGUCCCAACCAAGAUGUUGACAAUGAAUUGCUCGUUGAAGAUAGGAAUCUACAAUCCGGCGAAACUGUUUGGCAUUCAUGUCAGCUCCACACCCGUCAAUCUCAUCUACGCAGAUAUCCCUAUCGCAACCGGACAGCUGAAGAAGUAUUACCAACCGAGAAAGAGCCACCGGACUGUGUCUGUGACCCUCGAAGGAAUCAAGGUUCCUCUGUAUGGUGCAGGAGCCAGCCUAUCAGUAACUGACAGUGCCGGGGGCAAAGUUCCAUUGAGGAUUGAGUUUGAGAUCCGCUCACGAGGAGAUGUAGUGGGAAAGUUGGUGAGAAUGAAGCACCGCAGGUACAUCUCCUGUGCCGUUGUUAUGGACUCUACUAAAACUAAACCUAUGAAAAUCUCAGAGAAUUCUUGUACAUAUGAUUGAGUUCAAUUCUCAUACGUUUUGAGCCCUUGGGUUUGGUCGGA